AUGCCAGAUGAUCAUCCCUUAGAAAUCAUGAAUACAAACGUUUAUUUGCUCGAUUUAAGAACCUUUACGUGGGUUAACUCAUUCAAUCCUACCAAUCUGUCCCCAACUAUUAUUAUUAAUCCAAUGAAUACAACAUCAUCGGUGCAAAUUACCGAAACAUCUUCCAUUGCUAGCAAUAAUUCUUUGAAUCCCAAUAAUCUUUUAGAUCCAUUUGAAGAAUAUCAACAAUUAACCACGUUAAAGGUCGUCGUUGGAACAAUUAGUGGAAUCUUUGGUACGGCAUUUUUGAUGACUGUUGGAUUCUUAAUUUAUAGGUGGGAUAAGAAACGAAUUAAAAGUGAAACGCUUAAUAUACCGGGCUCUACGGAUAAUUAUUAUCAACCUUAUUUGUAUCGUCAAAACACCGUAGUUCCCGUUUUAAAUCGCUAUACAUAA